UUUUUUUAACGUAUACAUCAACGGUAGGACUUACAAGGCUACCUUCGAUUGUGUAUAAAAUAUUUUUGCUUGGUAAGCACUGUUUAGAAAACAUCAUCUUCAUCGUCAGUGCAAACACAUACCAGCCAUGUGGAAGGUAGUUGUAGUUAGCUGUUUGGUAACUCAAAUCCUGGUAUGUAGGGUGACUUCAAGGGCAGUAGAACCAAUGGAUUCUUCCGAAGAGGCUACAGCCGAACCAGUAGAUAUCCCUAUUAAGAUAGGACCUAUAAGAAGCCCACCUAAGAAUUUUUCGAUCUUCAACCAAGUGGACGACCCCUUUUUCAGCUUUAUGAGCAAAAUGGCGAAUUUUGGUUACCUUUCUUCGCAGGUGGCUAUAAGCAGGAUGAAAGAUCACAGUCAGAAAAUUAAAGACAUUGGAGGGCAGGUGGAAGGUUUUAUAGAGAAUCUACCAACUUUUCCAAUACCUAUCUUGGAUAAUAUGUCACACACUCGAGUCCUGAACUAAGACAACCAUUGUAAAUACAUGUUAUUUUGUUCUAGGUAUUUUGUACUAUUUAUACUUUAUUGUUUUGUAAGUGAUAAUAAAAAAAUGGCAGUAUGUCCCUUCUUUUCA